AUGCCUCUCCUUGAGCAGCUCCAAGCCUACAAGGUCACAGCUUACAACACUAGGCACCAAAGAGGAAGAAAGCUUAGUGUUGGAGGGGUGAUCACACCAAUUCUUUGUGCAGCAGGAGUUCAAGUGGACAAGAGAAGGUCUACUCCACCAGGUUGGAUGGACAUCAAGUUUUGCAAGACCAACCUCCUCAUUGAGCACAAGGAAUUGGAUGGGAGAUUCCAAUUCAAGUUCACACACCCCACGGCUGGACUCUCCAAGCUUCUUCUGCCCAACCCUGAGCUCACCACGGUCCUAGGAGGUACAAACAUUGACUUCAGACCCCCUGUGUACACUUUGUUGGGCAUGAAGCAGAUUUGCAAGAAGAAGAGAUCGAGCUCGAUCGAGCUGAGGAUCGAGCUGAGGCUCAAGCUGAAGAUGAGUGCAGGAAAGCGCUGA